AUGCCCCCUUCGCGCUCGGAAAUGCUGGCCGCCCUGCAUCGGAUGCGUCUGGAGCUCGAGGCUUCGUCAUCAGACGACGUCGACGACGAUUCGGGUCUUCUGGAGCGGAAUGGCAGCGUCCGGGGUCGACGUCUUCACGUCCUGAACGUCGUCAGGUCGAUGCGUCUUCGGAUGCAGCUGAAGGUGGGAAAUCUAUCAUUUUCGUGACUUCAAACAGUCUGGCCCGUCUGGGCUCUCUUUUCUCUCGCCUUCGAGGUCAGAAGGACGUGAAAAUAGCAUUUAAAAGAAAGAGAGCGCGUAAAAAUCGAGUUUUUCUAAUUUUCGACGAAUGGGCUAAAUCAUUAAGAAGGAGUUUUCUGACCUGUCUGCACUCUCUUUUCUCUCGCCGUUGAGGACAAAGAAAGGUGAAAAGAUCACGUAAAAAUGAGAGGGUCGGUUAGAGAAAAAGAGAGUAGAGAGAAACUUCUGCCAUAUUUGUCCAAAAUCAAGGCUUCAUCUUUUUUCGCUCAACACUCUGACCUAUCUGCGCCCUCUUUUCUCUAACCGGCAAGGCCAGCUAUAAGUGAAAAUAGCAGGUAAGCACGAGAGAGCGCAGAGAGGUCAGACUGUCUCCAGUUUUCAAGUAUAGACUGUAGAAUAUUUGCCAAAAGAUGAAAAAAUCUGAUUUCUCUAGGCCCUCUCAUGUUCGCGUGAUAUUUCUCCGACUUUAACGGUGAGGGAAAAGAGAGCCUAGAGAAGUCAGACUGUUCCAAGAUUUCAUGUACAGAGUUCUCGUCAAAACUAGAUAUUUUCUGAUUUCUCUGGGCCCUCUCAUUCUCGCGUGCUAUUUUCAUGAUUCUUCAACCUCAAAAGCGAGGGAAAAGAGAGCGCAGAGAAGUCAGACCGUUUCAAAAACACAGUAGUUCUUUUGAAAGGCUACAAAGCGAGAAAAUGUAAAAAAAAACAACAGGGAGAUUCAUGAAUGAUUACAGUACGAAUUUUGUUACCGUAUUCCAGCGUGACUACAUCAAGGAGGAGACGGGGCUCGUCGUCGUCUACAUGACGUCAUGCGGGAUUCUGCGAAGCUUAUGGGAACGAUGCAAAGAAGCGGUUCGUUUUGAACUGACAGAGAGGUUCAAAAAUGAGAAUUCGUUGAAAAUUGAGGUGUACUUCAAGUGGCCCCGAACUCGAUUUACAAAAAUUCCGCCUUUUACUAUAUUUCCGAAUUAUUACGACGCCUCACAGUUCGCAUUUCAGUGCAAAAAUCAACGAUUUUACUGAAAAAAGACCUGAAAACUUUGAGAGGAAGCAAAACGCUUGAAAACUCCCGACUUCCAGUGAUUUCAAAGUCUAAAUUUUUCUUUUCAUCACUGACCUCAUCCUUUCAAGGUCGACCUCCUGCAGGCGCAUGGUAUUCGAACCCAAAUCCGGGACCUCAACAUGGACGGCGCCUUGACCCAAGAGCUACUGGAUCGCAUGCAGAUCCUUCAGGUCUCCCUUAAAAACUGAUUUUUCUUCAACUUUAUAAAAAUCAUCAUCUCACCUAUUAACGAGAGUGAAGUUGAAGACCUCUCCUGUGGUUCAGAAACCCAAAUUUUGGGACUUCUCAUCUUUCUCUAUACAAUUUUAUAGGUAUUUAUCGAUUGAGAAGCUUUCCGAAGCUUGAUCUAACCAGCCUAAUCCGUUUUUAUCAAUCUAAAUUCAUCUUUAGGUUCUCCACUUCUCUUCGACUCAUUUUUCCAAGGUCUCAGCCCUUUUUAACUGGAUGUUUUGAGCAAAAACUGGCUUUCCUUAACUUUAUUCAAGCUCUAUCUCUAUUUUCUCAAUUUCAACUCGAGUUUUAGUCUCGUCCAACUUUAAUUGAGCUUCCUCUAACCAUAAUCAAUAAGAUAGCUUUUCAGAACACUGUCUAAGUGUCCCUGAAGCUUCACCUCACAAUCUUUCUCCCUUUUUAGCCUCAUUUCUAAGAGCAGUCCCUAUAGGGGCCUUGGAAAGUCCUCUCUAGGAACCAAUUCCCUACCCCUCUAGGGGCCACUAUAGGGGUCUUAGUUAGUGACACCCAAGGGGGACAUUCUAGACGAUAAUUAUUAUGAACUUACGCUUUAGAGGCUAAGGAGUCAGACUCUAAACUCCUAUAGGGCUCACCUUAACUUUACCCCUAUAGGGACCACCUUUUGGCACCUAUAGGUGUUGUUUUCCCCACUAACCCUUAUAGGGACCACUCUGGAAUUCCUACGUUGCAGAAAUCUCAAAUAACUGAUCAAUUUUCCUUCUAGAACAAUCGAGACUUGGUCUUCGCCAGUUUACCCGUGAUCUACGUCGACGGAAAAUAUUUUGGGGUUUCCAAAAAUCAAGCUUUUUCUAGAAAUGAAUAAUUUUCAGAACGGCAAGACCUUACUCGAGUUGAACGAGCGGAAGGAGCUGAAAAAGUACCUGGAAAAGUUUCAGGUGAGUAUAAAACUUUUGGGGCCUGGAAAAGUGAAUCUACAGUACUCAAGUCAUCAAAACACCCACAGUAUCUCGAGAAAAGUUCAUUUUUCGGUUUCUGUAGCUAACUUGAAUAAUUUCCACAGUAAUCCAGGCCAUUUUAAGUCAUACAGUAAUCUGAGAAAGUACAAAUUCUCACUUAAACUCACAAAAAUAAAGUUUUCUAUUCACCAACAUCCCAACAAAGCUACUUAUAAAAAUUCUACAGUACUCCCAAAACCUACAGUAACCUUCCAAAACCCAUUCCAUUUGCAGGGCCGAGGCCGGUGCAGCUUCUGCGGCGGGUGCGGCUACGUCGUCUGCGGCAAAUGCGACGGCGGGAAACGGAGCCGAGUGACGCCAUGCGCGUUGCGGUGCGCUGCGUGCGACCGCAACGGAAUCACCCCGUGCGGUUACUGUAGAUUGUCGGAAAGGGCAAACGGUUACAAAUAA